AUGACUGGGAAUUCACGUGUGAUAGUUUCUUCCGAGGAGGAAGAAGCGGAGAUAAAUAUAAUCUCCAACACAGAUUCAAACGUAUUCUCCAAAAACAAAAAUAAGGCUGAAAAAGCAUACCAGAAGCACAGACAACAAUAUUCGGUGAGCUCUUCAACAGGAUGGAAGAAACUUCUUUGGUUGAAACAACCAUAUGACGACAACUAUACCGACUCGAGCUUUUUGUCUCAACUCAAGAGAAACUCUACCGUCGUCAAAUAUUCUUACAGAAAGCUAGUUUCUGAUUUUUCCCUAGUCGUAUUACACCUGUCCUUGAUCAUGUCGGUCAUUGUGGUCUUCUAUGGAACCUACAGACUCAAUUGGAAUCCUCUGAAACCUGCGAUUCUAAGCACUACCUUGACUGUUGCAGGGUUUCUUUUCUACGUAUAUCUUACUGAACCUUCUCCUCCUAACUUUUUCGAGACUUUCAAAUCUUCGAUGCUAAUUAUCCUUUACUUGUUGACAUUAUCUCCAGUUCUCAAAUCUCUUACCAAUUCUACGUCAUCAGAUUCUAUUUGGGCACUUUCAGCGUGGCUCUCUAUACUGAAUGUGAUGUUUAACGAUUAUGAAAUAGAUUUUCCAAAACCAGUACCCAAAUCCAAUUUUUCCAAAAACAUAGCUGUUUCCAACGCAAUCGUUUUAGCUUCUAGACUACAGUCGAAUGCUUCUGCAUUUUCUUUCAUCCUAUUCUGUAUCCAGGCAUGUGGUCUUUUCCCCAUCUUUAACAACUUUACUCGUCGUUGUGACCUACAAGGGUUCCACUACUUUCAACUUACAUCCAUAGUUCUUACUGUAGAUGUGAUAGUUUGGUAUUUAUUUGGGCUGGGAUGGUUUAUUGUUUGGGUGUCGCUCCAUCUUAUGAUUGUAAUUGUUGGACCGUGGUAUUUUCUCACUCUACAGAAAUACAAAGACGAGUUGCAAGGACCUUGGGACCCUGCAAAGCCUAUACUUAAAUCCUUAUAG